GGCCAGCCCAGGCCCCGCGCAGCGCCGGGGCAGCGCUUGUAGCGCGGCAAAGCGGCUGGGGCCCCCGUUCCCUGUAGCCGCUCGCCCUGCAGCUGGGGCGGGAUGCCGAGCCUGCUGGAUGUCGGCGGGUUCAUGCUGGAGCGGGUGGCCACGGGCAGCCCCCUCUCCAUGGUGCUGGUUGCCGCCGCCUUCGUGCUGAGUCUGGGCUACCUGCUGCAGCUGGGUUUCCGGAGCCAGCCGCGGCCCGACCAGGGGAAAUACCCACCUUAUAUUUCAUCUAAUAUCCCUUUUCUUGGACAUGCAGUAGCAUUUGGAAAAAAUCCUAUUGAAUUUUUAGAAAAUGCCUAUGAAAAGUAUGGGCCUGUGUUUAGCUUCACUAUGGUGGGCAAGACGUUUACCUACCUACUGGGUAGCGAUGCUGCUGCCCUAAUAUUCAACAGUAAAAAUGAAGACCUGAAUGCAGAGGAUGUAUACUCUCGACUGACCACACCGGUCUUUGGCAAGGGAGUUGCUUAUGAUGUACCUAACUCGGUAUUUUUGGAACAAAAGAAAAUGCUAAAAACUGGGCUGAAUAUAGCUCAGUUUAAACAACACGUACCUGUAAUUGAAAAAGAAACAAAGGAGUACUUCAAAUCCUGGGGAGACAGUGGAGAAAGAAAUUUGUUUGAAGCUCUUUCAGAGCUUAUUAUUUUGACAGCAAGUCAUUGUUUACAUGGGAAAGAGAUCAGAAGCCUACUCAAUGAGAAGGUGGCACAACUGUAUGCUGAUCUGGAUGGGGGAUUUACUCAUGCAGCUUGGCUUCUGCCAGGUUGGCUUCCUUUACCUAGCUUCAGACGUAGAGACAGAGCCCACAGAGAAAUAAAGAACAUUUUCUAUAAAGUGAUCCAGAAACGCCGGCAAUCUGGGGAAAGGGAGGCUGACAUGGUCCAAACAUUGCUGGAUGUUACCUAUAAGGAUGGCCGUCCACUGACAGACGAUGAGAUUGCUGGAAUGCUUAUUGGGUUGUUGUUAGCAGGCCAGCAUACGUCUUCUACCACCAGUGCUUGGCUUGGCUUCUUUUUAGCUAGAGACAAAUCAAUACAAGAACGAUGCUAUGCAGAACAGAAAGCAGUUUGUGGAGAAGACUUGAGGCCCCUAAAUUAUGACCAGCUGAAGGAGCUGAACCUGCUGGACCACUGUCUAAAAGAAACUUUAAGGCUUAGACCUCCUAUAAUGACCAUGAUGAGAAUGGCCAGAACUCCCCAGACUGUUGCUGGCUAUACUGUUCCUCCUGGCCAUCAGGUUUGUGUCUCUCCCACUGUUAAUCACAGACUUAAGGAUUCUUGGAUAGAAAGUUUAGAAUUCAAACCUGACCGUUACCUCCAAGAUAACCCUACAACUGGAGAGAAGUUUGCAUAUGUGCCAUUUGGUGCUGGCCGUCAUCGUUGCAUUGGAGAAAACUUUGCUUAUGUCCAGAUUAAGACUAUUUGGUCUACUCUGCUUCGUUUAUAUGAAUUUGAGCUCAUCGAUGGAUAUUUUCCUACGAUAAACUAUACAACCAUGAUUCACACACCUGAUAACCCAGUUAUCAGAUACAAGAAGCGAUCACACUAAGUUUUGGAGACAAAAUUAUUUCUGUAUUUAAAUUGUGAAAAUGACUGUUUUUGAAUAGUUAUGACACAAUUAAAUGGUUAAUAUAAAAGCUGGUCCAUUGGAUGUGUAGUGUUAUGAAAGUGAGGUUAAUCUAACCAGAAAGUGUGAAAUUGUUGUAUUCUGCACAGUACUGUAUAUUCUAAAUUAACCAAUUAUAAAAAUACUAUCUUUUCUACCUGUGUAACAAUUUUAAGGUGGAUGCUGCAUAUUAGUAUAGGUGAAUUCAACUGUUCAGUCAAAUCUUUUUUUUACAAAGAUUAGAUGUUCACCUUUGUCCUAUCUUAAAUUUUAAUUGGUGCUUUAAAAAAACCUACUUUCCUUGAUUCAGCUACUUUAAAGGGCAAGACUAAGCUCAUGGACAUCAGGGGGAACAGAAUCUGUUCUCUGAUGCUGGUGCAUAUUUUAAUGUGAACAAGUUGGGACAUGCUCACUCUGCAGAUUUUCAGCCCUGUCUAUAUUUGCAGAAGUGAACACUUUUAUAUAAGGAACUAGUCAGCAAAAAUUGCCAUGAGUUUUAAUUUAGAAAACCUUAACAUUUUCAGUAUCUUUCAAAUGUGACAGGUGAUUUACGUGCUCAUCUUGAGACAGUUUUUGAAGGGUCUGGAUUUUCUAAAAGUGCUGAACCAUCCACCCUCUGAAAAUUAGUUCUGUUUUAAAUUAUGUAAAAUUAGGCAUCCAAAAUAAUUAGUCACACUUGGAAGUCUUGGUUUCAGUGCAAAGAUUAGCAGUAGAACCUUACAAAACCAGAGUUAAUAGUU